CCAGGAGGAAAUUUGCACUGGACUGCUGGUGACUUGGUGAAACCAGGAGGAAAUUUGCACUGGACUGCUGGUGACUUGGUGAAACCAGGAGGAAAUUUGUACUGGACUGCUGGUGACUUGCUGGGACCAGGAGGAAAUUUGUACUGGACUGCUGGUGACUUGCUGGGACCAGGGGGAACGUUAUACUGAACUGCAACUUUGUUAGAAGCAAAUCUGCAUCAGAAAGAAGGAAAUUGCUGGUGGCCAGAGGCCUUGCAGUGGGUGGGGAGACUUCUAUCAAACCUGGGAAAUUGGGACAUUUCCCCUGACUUUGAUCAAAGAGCGGAGAUUUACAGUGAGGUGCU